UCACUUACAAACUAACGCUCCAAAUUAGGCCUAAUAAUAAGUCAAGUCAACUGAGCUUUUGGGCAGAACUGCGUUCUCUGAGUAAAAUAUUCUAGUCAAAUUGGAUAAAAAAAUAUCAAACUCUACUCCUAUGCCAUAUUGAGUCAGUUUCGAUGGGUUCGCCUAGUAAAGAACAAAGGAAAAUUCUGGUCUCUAGGGCGAAGUAUUCCAAUUGAGUCGGGUCAAAAAUGAUCCAACUCUUUAGUCUUUACACCCCCUCAUCACAAACAAAGUGUCUCUUCACUCUCCAUCAUUAUUCAUUCAUACGUUUUCGUUUUCUUUUCCCCUCUCAUUGAGUCAAUUCCCUCAAAAACUAGAGUAAAGAGUACUCGAGCACAUGUAGUGAUGUAGCUUUAACUAAGGUACCCCUAAAAAAAAAAUCAAAAACAAAAAAUACCCCUUAAUUUGCUCUUGCCCCAAGCUUUGUAUCUUGUUCAUCCCACCAAAAAUCAUCAAAAACUGAGUCUUUUGAUAGUUUGCAGUGCAAAAAACUAUUGGGUAAUCCAAUCUGUAAUUGGGUUUUUUUGGGCAGAGAGAUUUAAGGUGAAAAUGGAGUUAGAAAUUGAAAGAUUACUAAGAAUGGCAUGGUUAGCAUGGAUUUUGCCCAUAUUAAUUGUUUCAUUUCCAUCUUCUCAUCUCAAUUCUCUGCAUCAUAUUCUUCUUGUGUGUGCUGGUCGUGGCAAAAUCUGCAACUCAUCUUCUCGUCUCAAUAAACUUACAGUGCCGCAGAAAUUUUUCUCUCAUUUCUAUGUGUUUGCUGUAAUAUGGACAUCAUUUUUGCUUCUUGCAACUUGGGAAUAUGCACAUAAAAUUGGAUCCUUGGUUUCAGAAGCGACAUCUCACUCUACUGUUGCCAGUUACUUGACUGGAGGCUCACACAUUUUUUCCAUUUAUAAAACACAAUCAACUUCACUGGAGCACAACUACAGAAUUUGGCGAUCCGUCUUUCUUCUUAUUUUGAUGGAAUUUCAAGUGUUGCGGCGCUUGUAUGAGUCACUAUAUGUGUUCAACUACAGCAGUACAGCCCAAAUGCAUAUCUGCGGAUAUCUAACGGGUUUCUUUUUUUACACGGCUGCACCACUGUCCCUUUGCUGCAAUUGUGCACCUGAAGUAUUUACAUUUGUAGCAAACAGAGUUGCUGAAUUUAUUGUGAAAGGAAAAGAACACAUGCCACCUGUAGAAUUUCAAUGGUUGGAGUUUCUUAGUCCUCUACUGAAGCUUGGUUGGUUUCAAUGGAUUGGAGCAGUAAUUUUUUUCUGUGGUUGGCUUCAUCAGUGUCGUUGUCAUGCCAUUCUUGGAAAUCUUCGAGAAGUGAAGGAACAAGAUAACGAUUAUCGAAUUCCUCAUGGUGACUGGUUUGAAGUUGCCUCGUCUCCUCAUUAUCUUGCUGAGAUUGUUAUGUAUGCCGGUCUUGUGGUUGCUAGUGGAGGCCUAGAUCUGACAGUGUGGUUAAUGUUUGCAUUUGUGAUGGCUAAUCUUGUGUUUGCAGCAGCAGAGACACACCGGUGGUAUAAACGCAAAUUUGACAACUAUCCAAGCAACCGCUAUGCAAUUAUUCCCUUUCUUUAUUGACAGUUAUCGGUGCUACGUUUGUACAUAUAACAUUAUAACCUGAAAAAUGCCUGAUUCAUCUGUUGUAACUCUCAUUUAGAGAAAAAAAGUAUACAAAUUUGUUCACUGAUUCUGAACUUCAUGUAUAAUUUUUGCCCUGCGGCUCACAUUAAAAUGGCAAUACUGAGAUGGUUAAGAUUCGAAACAUUAUACUUUA